AUGGCCGGCGACGACGUGCCCGGUUCAUCAGGCGCCCCACAACAACGGCCAUUCAUGGUCGAAGAUCUCGUUCGGGAGUACGGGGAUCCUCGUGUAUCCCGAGAUCAUGAAGCGAAUGCGCUGGAUCGUAUGUGUCAUAGACUUCGGAAAAUGAUCUCGCAGAAACGACAUCGUACUGUGUACCAGGGAAUCGAUUUGGAUCUUGCUUACAUCACGGAUCGCAUCAUCGCUGUCGGCUACCCCUCCAAAGGUCUCGAGUCCCGUAUCCGUAACACCAUGGCGCAGACCCGCGAAUUCCUUUGGCGUCGUCACGGAGCGAACCACGUGAAGGUGUUCAACUUGCGCGGUGGUUUCUUAUACAAACCGGAGAAAUUCGACAACAACGUCAUCUAUUUCGAUAUGACGGAUCAUCACCCUCCAAAGUUGGAGUUGAUGGCUCCGUUCUGUCGAGAAGCCGCGUUGUGGCUCGAAGCAGAUCCAGAAAACGUCAUUGCAGUUCACUGUAAAGCUGGAAAAGGACGUACCGGUGUGAUGAUUUGUGCAUUCCUAAUUUACAUCAACUUCUACAAUAAUCCACGUCAAGUCCUCGAUUACUACUCAAUCGUGCGUACCAGUAACAAUAAAGGUGUCACUAUUCCAUCGCAACGUCGCUACAUCUACUACUAUGAUUGUCUCCGGCGUCAGAGACUAAACUAUUUCCCUCUCCGGAUGGAACUGAUGGCCGUUUAUCUCGAACGUCCUCCACAGACUGGCAGGGGAUCCAAGAUCAAGAUCAAGGUGGCAAAUGGUUCUACAACUCUGUUCACUUCUGGCGUUCUCAGCAUUUCUUCAGAGGAUUAUGCUAAGGAAACAGGUUCUUGGAAGGACGAUGAUGACCUUCUCAUACCGGAGUGUGGUAUUCAGUUCAUCUCGAAACGGGCGUAUUGCUUCAAAAUUCCUCGUAACAAUCGAGUGUUCGUCGAGGGAGAUGUCCGUAUUGAUUUACUGAAUUCUGACAAGAUAUUCAAGGUACAAUCGGAUAAGAAGAUUGGCCAUGUCUGGUUCAAUACAAUGUUCGUGUGUGAGGGAAUGUGUCGGGAGGAGUUCAAGUAUGGUGAUAGAAAAUGGCCGUAUCACUUUUGCUGUACAUCGAUUGGGAAGAAUGGACCGGCGAUUCCGGAUCACGAGAGAAUGUUCGACACUAGUGGGUUGACUCCGUUAGACACUAAUUGGAAGAUUCUGAAACCACCUGGUCUGGAUCGACAUGUGACUGAGGAGUCAUUGGAUAAGAUUUAUCAUGCGUAUGGAAUUGCUCCACCACGCGAUCAUAUCAGUCGUGUUCUCCACGAGGCCCAUCACAAGAACAUCGUUUUGGAUGAUUACGCGAAGAGUCGGUAUCCUGUCAAGGCAGUUUCCUACGAACCCACCGGAGACCUCGAAUGUACAGGAGACGUCGGUGGACCUGUCAAAGUUCCACGCAACAACCGAGAGCAUCUUCUCACGUUUCCAGUCUACGAGAUCGAUCGAGCGCUGAAAGACAAGAAACUCAACAAGGGAAUGAAGAUGCAUGUCGUGUUGAGAUGUAUCGACGCACGGGACCAAGAACAAUACCAAUUGGCUCAGACGUUCUGUGACAAGACAUUCCAAAACGAGGAACGAAUCGCGAGACAAGCUGGAAACCUCUUUGAAGAGCAGUAUCGUCCAGCACAACGAGCACCGGCUGGAGCGAUUGGCGCUGAGAUGAAAGUCCCACCAGCUGUGAGAUAUGCGACGGAGGGAACGUACAAUGGAACUCCUCAUCCAUACCUCACAGAUCAUCAAUUCCGUCAAGGCACGCCGAGUUAUUUGUUCGCUAAAAGUCCCCGUUGGUGUCGUUAUUUCUAUAAGCAAAGAAAUCAGGAGCUACAACAGGGAGAACAAGAAGGAAGACCACACUCACCGAGUCGUUAUCCAACAUAUAAGCCUGUUUGCACACUGGCCGGCACAAUGUUCCGACACGGUGACGAAUUCUACGAUCCGGACGCCGAUAACACUCCGGGACCGAGCGUUGGCGGCAGUGGAAGAGGGGGCUCUCCAGGAACGUCAUCGUCGAGUGGACCAUCCACUAGUGGACCUUCAACGUCUGCUCCAACUCCAGAUGUCUCGAAAAGACAGGAAGAGAAGCCAGGAGCUUCUGGAGCGCCAGAGCCAGAAGGUGGAGAACCUGCUCCAGACGGAGGAGCACCACCAGAGGCCGGAGAGCCCGCACCAUCGAUCCCACUUCAAAACGUGGCCUUCACCAAUUACGAAGGAUUCGAGAAGUUCGAAGAAGCAGGAGAGGAUGUUCUUCUGGCAGCCUUACGGGCAAACGAUGCGGACUGUGCGGACGCGGAGCGUACUCGUUUUCUGAUUCUGAAGAAGCUUAACAUCUUCAGUAAAUUCUGGAGAUUGUUGCUUCCGGACUACGAUUCAGUGGAAGCGGACGUCGACGACGAGGACUUCGAGUCCCGCCCAUUCCAAGUCGCUCAUCACACACUCGACGAUAAGCGAUACGUAAAGUAUCUGAGUGAUUGUUUCUCCAACGUUCCAUCCGAGCAGAAACGAGUCGAAACGGGUUUCUACAUUCCACAGGAAACAGUAGACUACAGUGUCCCAAAUGCACCUUUUGAUGGGUCUGAAGAUCCAAAAAUUGAUGAUGAAGUUGAUCACCUCACUGGUCAACUCGUCAAUCUCUGGUCUAGUGAGCAAGAAAAGUUUAUUGACGAUGAUGAUGCAUAUGUUGCUGAAAGAAAGGCUUUCCGAGUUGGACUGGAUUACAGUCUGGCUGAUGAUUUGGAACGGAAUCAAGUUGAUCUUGAUGGACUUGUUCGUCCAGGUUUAUCGAAUGAAGAGGAUAAAUUCCUGAAGGAGGAGAAGCUGCGUCUGAAAACGAUGCAUUCUCGUCCCAACCUUUACAAGAUCUACCAUAAGGUGAAGAACAUGUGGAAGGAGCAACGUCAACGUCCGUACGUCAAGGACUACUUCGACACGGAGAUUCUCCAACCAGAAAUCGAGCCUCGUGAGGAACAUCUUCCACCAGUACAUCAAUUCAACAAGUUGACCGUUGAAGACGUCGGAAAGAAGUGGAUCGAUCGUUGUGAUCGUCGAGGAUUUGAUUAG